CUCGCCGGCCGCCGCGGGGCGCCCCGGGUGCGAGUUUCCGCGCACGUGGCCGCGUCCCUCCCCGCGGGCGGAGCGGGCGGGCCCCGAGCCGCGCUGCUGGCGCCAGUCCAGGCCGGCGCACUAAUACGGGCGCGGAGCUCGCGGCUCCAGCCUGACUGACGCCGGCCGGGGCCGCCGCCGCCGCCGCCGCAGCCGCUGUCUCGGUCCCCGCCGCCGCCGCCGCCGCCGCCGCUGCAGCUGUCUCGGUCCCCGCCGCCUCGUGGCACGCGCAGCCAGGCCAGUUGACCAGUCUAUUCCAGGGUUUAGAGCAUCAGCCCACUUCCCACCCUCAACUGGUCACAGUUCAUUCUGGAAGAAAAGGAAGACCUGAGUCAUUCUUGGGGACCCCUUACCUAUGACAUCUCGAGAAAGACACCUGCCACUCUCCUGGGUCUCCACAGGUGGUGAAGUCUGUCCAGUUGCUGUGUGCCCUGGACACCUAAAGUCCACCUCUUAUGCACGCCAGCACCCCAAUCAGCUCCCUCUUCUCCUUCACCAGCCCAGCCGUGAAAAGGCUGCUAGGCUGGAAGCAAGGAGAUGAAGAAGAAAAGUGGGCCGAGAAGGCUGUCGAUUCUUUAGUGAAGAAAUUAAAGAAGAAGAAAGGGGCCAUGGAUGAACUGGAGCGGGCCCUCAGCUGUCCUGGGCAGCCCAGCAAAUGUGUGACCAUCCCCCGCUCCCUGGACGGGCGGCUGCAGGUGUCCCACCGAAAGGGGCUGCCGCACGUCAUUUACUGCCGAGUGUGGCGCUGGCCGGAUCUCCAGUCUCACCAUGAGCUGAAGCCCCUGGAGUGCUGUGAGUUCCCGUUUGGUUCCAAGCAGAAGGAGGUAUGCAUCAACCCCUACCACUACCGCAGAGUGGAGACGCCAGUGCUGCCUCCUGUCCUGGUGCCAAGACACAGCGAGUACAACCCCCAGCUCAGCCUCCUGGCCAAGUUCCGCAGCGCCUCCCUGCACAGCGAGCCCCUCAUGCCGCACAACGCCGCCUACCCUGACUCCUUCCAGCAGCCCCCCUGCCCCGCUGUCCCUCCCUCGCCAGGGCAGUUCUCACAGUCUCCAUGUGUGGCCAGCUACCCGCACUCCCCAGGAAGCCCUUCCGAGCCAGAGAGCCCCUAUCCGCACCCAGACUUCCGGCCAGUUUGCUAUGAGGAGCCGCAGCACUGGUGCUCGGUGGCCUACUACGAGCUGAACAACCGCGUGGGCGAGACGUUCCAGGCGUCGUCCCGCAGCGUGCUGAUCGACGGCUUCACUGACCCCUCCAAUAACAGGAACAGGUUCUGCCUCGGGCUGCUGUCCAACGUGAACAGGAACUCCACCAUAGAGAACACGCGGAGGCACAUAGGAAAGGGCGUGCAUCUGUACUACGUUGGCGGAGAGGUCUAUGCUGAGUGCGUGAGUGACAGCAGCAUCUUUGUGCAGAGCCGGAACUGCAACUACCAACAUGGCUUCCACCCUGCCACUGUGUGCAAGAUCCCCAGUGGCUGCAGCCUCAAGAUCUUCAACAACCAGCUCUUUGCUCAGUUGUUGGCUCAGUCCGUUCACCAUGGCUUCGAAGUCGUGUAUGAGUUGACCAAGAUGUGCACCAUUCGCAUGAGUUUUGUGAAGGGCUGGGGAGCCGAGUAUCAUCGCCAGGAUGUCACGAGCACGCCAUGCUGGAUUGAGAUUCAUCUUCAUGGACCCCUGCAGUGGUUGGACAAAGUUCUGACGCAAAUGGGCUCACCACACAACCCUAUCUCGUCUGUGUCCUAACAAUGGCCAGGCCACGUCUCAGAUCUGCAGCAUCAUGCUUUUGCCAGCAGUGGCUCCCAUCAUUCCUGAUUUGCAACAAACUGAGGUUCCUCGAUUCAUGUGCAAAUACCUAACACAGAUGCUAUUCCCCGUUGUCACCACCAUUCCUUUUGUGCCUCCUUGUUAAGCCCAUGCCAGUACUGUAUGAUUAAAAAAGCAGGUUUCUGGUGUUUAAGCUAUCCUAAGCAGCUUUUCUUUGUAGGAAGAAACAAGUGGCAGGCAACACUAGGUAAACAGUGUUUGAAGGGUGUUAGCAGACUAAGACUAACAGGUACCUUUAAUCAGUCAUGGUAGUAUAAGCAUGUCAUGUCACCUCCCAGAAAAAUGUUCAACUCUGUAGCAAAUGCCAGGUACUAGCAGGACUAGAGCAAAUAGCAUUUUCAGACAAAACAAAGCAGUCAAAGUCCAUAUAAUUUUAACAAUCUUACUUUGGAUGCCACUGGCCAGGGAGAAAAUAAGCUUGAACAAUCAUUUUUGUAAAUACGCCACGUCCACUUUAUUUCUGAAGUUGAAAUGCCUAUCGUCGUACUAUUGUGGUGAUUUUAACGAUACAUUUUCAACUAGUUUAAACUGUGAUCGGAAAAGAAAGAAGCUGUGAAGCGGAGUCAUAUCACCUCGUGAUCUGUCACUGUAAUCUAAAAAUGGGAAAAUAAAAUAUGAUAAUAGCAUGAAAUGCCAUAUUCCCAAACUGUAAUCUAAGAGCAGGACUUAACCAAGCAUUACCCGAAAGAAAGCUGCUUUGCACCCAGGAAGCAGGUUCCUGAGCUCCUUGUUAUUCUUGGUAGUCCUGUAGGCUUCUGAGCUAGCGCAGAGGAGAGGGGUGGUGAUUAGCAUUCUGUACUUUUAAACCUUCUCACAUUCCCGCCUUAAAACUCUCUGGCUGAGGGCACACCUUUCACCAAGUUUCCUUUGCCGGUUGGCAAACAUUAGCUACUUCCAGAUUACCAAAGCAAUGGUGAAGCCUCUGACAGUGCUGGGAUCAAAUGUAUGAAUUAUUGAACAUAGUGUCUCUAGUGAUGAAAUUAUCCACUGGGUUGAUCUGGUAGCCUCCAGGAAAGCUAGAGUCUCCUCCCUGCAAAGAACUUCCCAAGUCAAAUAAUAAUAUUUUCAUGAUCUCUUUAGAAGAUCUAGGGAAGAGCGGUACUGAACAAUUAGGAUUUUUAACCAUACAUAAUACAUAUAUCUGUGUAUACACUAUACAUAUAUGUAUAUAUUAUGUGAAUAUAUAGACAUAUGAUAUUAAAAACAUGUACUUUUUUACCUUUGGAUUAUAAGAAGAAAAUUCUCCAAAUUCCUAGGUACUUAUAGAUAUAUCCAUAUAUAUGUGUAUGGAUAAAGAAAUAGUUCUAGGUAUACACAUAUCUCCAUACAUGUGUAUAUGGAUAUAUAACUAUAUAAUAUAUAUAUAUAUAUAUAUAAUUCCCACCCACUAAACAUUGCAUUGCUUGGACAAAUAUUUCACACUCUCUUAAAAAUAUAUAAUUUUUGCUUGUAGCGGAUGGUACUUUGCUUGGAUAAGUGAUUUCCUCACUUCUCCUUUCUAUCUUGACUCUUUCUAGCAUUAGUGAACACAGUAGUUGUUUCUUAUGAAAUUGUGUUCAAGGUAGAAAUGACCAUGUGGAAAAAAAAAUAAUAUACGUGAGUACUACUGUCAUGAAGGCCAGUGCCAUAGAAACUUUCAUAUAUUUAAUAGAAAAUAAGUAAUUGUAUUUUGCAUUAAAACUAGAUGGCUCAUUUAGGAUUCAGCAAACCCCAUAGUUUAUUGUUUUAUCCAGUAUGUUUUGGGCACCUGUAUAUACCGGGUACAAUGGUAGGUACUGUGGAGAUUGUUCUGACUCUCUGAAGGGAGAGUCUAAGAGUAAAUCUCUUCUUCUAGACACACAUGUUUCAGAACUUUCCAAACAAAUCAAGACAUGUGAUUUUUCUUUUGUUUAAAGAAUGCAUUCCUCAAUUAUUCGCACUUUGAAACUUCUUUUCUUUUUUUUUCCUUUUUCCUUUUUUUCUUUUUUUUUUGGUCACACCCUGCGAUUCAUAGGGGUUACUCCUGGCUCUGCACUCAGGAAUUACCCCUGGCAUUGCUCAGGGGACCAUAUGGGAUGCUGGGAAUCGAACCCGAGUUGGCUGCAUGCAAGGCAAAAUGCUCUACCCGCUGUGCUAUUGUUCCAGCCCCUUAUUUUCUCUUUUCUAAGCAAUUUGGUAGCAACAGAUUGUGAUUUCUAGGAUGAAUACCACUUUUAUUCUAUGUAUCAGGAUACUUCCUUUUUUUUUCCUGCUUCCCUAUUUUCCUGUAAUUCCCAUCUGAUUUUUUUGUUUUGAAUAAGGUAUUUGCAUGAGGCGUCUUUUUCAUAUAAAUACUUUUCCAUAAAAGAGCAGUAUGUACAAAAGAUUUUGUUCUUUCAGAGAUUACUCUCACAGCCUUCUUGAUCUCUCCACAAGUGCCCAAACAUUAUUUGGUAAUCUUAUUUAUUAGAAAAUUAAUUAGAACUGGUUGUUUAUAAGAAGCAUUUAAAAAACUGAAUUUCAUGCAUCUUUUAUAAAUUAGAACAAAAUACUUCAAUGAACUAAAUUAUGUCCUUGAAAAAUAAAUGACUAGGAGCUGGAGAGAUAGGACAGUGGACAGGGCACUUGCCUUUGUUCUCUGGCACCACAUACUGUCCCCUGAGCCUCAUCAGGAGUCAUCCCUAAACUCAGAUGCAGAAGUAAGCCCAGAGCACCACUCGGUGUGGCUCCAAAACCAACAUAGAUAAAUAGAUGAUCAAAACAGAAUAUGUGCAUCAUAACCAAUAACCAAUCAUAUAACACAAAAAGUCUUUAUUAGAAUAUAUGUAAAAUUCUGAGAAUUUAGAACUAAAUUCAUGAGCUCUGUGGUCAAUGCCACAAAUCAUGUUUUCAUCACAUUUAGUAUUUUUACUGACAAAGUUGUCAAAAGUUUCACAGAAGAAUUUCAUUUCAAACUUCUGAAUGUACUCACUUAGCUUUUAUUCCUUGAGUCUCCUUCAGAAAUGUCACAACAACAUUCUUUUACAGAGUAAUGAGCAGAGUGGAGAGGCUAACUCAGUAAGUACAUCAGCAAUUCAGCAAUGCCAAACGUCUAAGGUUGCCAUGGACAAGGGUCGUGCAAUAGAAAAUAAAAAUAUGUUGACUUGCUCACAGAUCCAGAGCACUUAUCAUUCAUGUUGCUCAUGCCAGUUUGUGUGUGGCGUUUUUUUUUUUGUCUUUUUUCUCCCUGUGUAAAUUUAACUACGAUUAGAUGAUUUUUAGUCUUUGCCAGUGUUUUGAAGCUAUGAAAAUGUAACAUUUAACACAUUUACUUUAUGUUUUGUUAUUAUUUUUUUACACUCAAUAUAAGUUAAGAAAAGUUGAACAGCAAUCUGUAUUUAAAAUUUCUUUUUUAUUCUUUUCUAAGGAACUAAUAUCCCCAUAACAAUGACAAAAACAUUUUUAUGAAUGUCACUUGGAAAAAUUUAAGCACUGUCUUUAUUUUGAAUGUGUCCCAAAUAUUUGGUGUAUGUGUUCAAUAGAGCAAAAAAUAAUGUAUAUUACAAUUUUGUUUUCCUUCAGUUUAACAGCUGAACUACAUAAGAUUAGGUGAUCUUGGCAUGUGUUAAGUAUAAGUUCAGAUUAAUGUAAAACAUCCAACAACAACAAAAAACUACUUCUAUUUAUAUAAUGCCUAUGAUUAUAACAUCUAGGCUUCAGUUAUCCUUCAACUUGUGCACUUAAGCUGUUAUUUGACUGUGUAUAAUAAAGAACACUGUACCUA